GCAAAUCUGCUUACAAAAAGGGAAAAAAAGAAGAUUUAUUCAAAACUGAGUCUAUACAGAAAACGAUUUUAUUUGUGAUAGCUUUAUCAUAAUAUUUCAAAGCUAACACGGCUCCAACAAUAAGCGUCUACCGGGUACCUCAACUCGUCGUGCUGCCGCGCUGCUCAAACGCUAAACCAGAUCAAGCCACUAUUCUGCGCUUCCCGCUCCCGCCCACUACCAGAACUCGCACCCUCCACACGCAAAAUCGGCACAGCGUUGAGCAAUUGAUCCAGUCACUAACAAACAACAGCCCGCCAUGUUUGGCAUUCUCGGAGCUGCUGUGACUCCCUCUUCGGGAGUAUCGGCCACAUAUGAAGACUUGUUUGCUAGUCUCCAGGACCGCAUGGAAAAGGAAGGCUACAAAGUCGUCAAGGCGCGAUCGCACAGGGCGCGUCUCGGCGGCGCGGAUGUGCCAGGCAAUGAUAUCAUUCGGAUAGACUUGGUGUGUGAUCGUGGAGGCAGGCCGUACAAAUGCCAGGCUACCAAGCAUAAGACGAGCACCAAGAAGACGGAUUGUCCGUGGAAGGCAAAGGCUGUCAACCGAAAAAGCGCUGGUGGAUGGGUCCUGACCAUUGUCUGCGACCAGCAUAACCACCAGCCGGGGACACCAGAGCCUCCUACGCCAUCUGAAGUUAGCGAACAUGAACCGGUAUCCAUGAUGGAAGAUGACGACGCGGACCCGACAGCGCCGCUGCCAGAUGUGGAAACCUCAGCAGCUCUGCAAGUCGCCGGUGUAUCCGAUUCAGCACUACGACUGAGCAGUGAAACAUUUAAACAGUUUAAAUUGGAUUACCGAAAGAUGAUGCCGCAUGAGCGAAUGCAGCAGCUCGCCACGUUACAACUUCGCAUUGCUGCUCUCUACGCCGUCCAAAACGAAGACAUGCAGCGUCAAAGACGUAUGGAUGUACAGCAACGAAGACACAACGAAAUUGAACAGGCCAGGAAUCAACCGAGUCAAACCCCAAGACGAAAUAGAAAUAAGCGGAACCUGCAGCCUGAGGAAGACAUCACUCAUUUACAGCCACCUACACUGCAGCCUGGUCUGUCGCAUGACGACGAUGACCUUGCAAAUCAGCUGAUGCAAGAGCCUGCAUUUCAAUUACAACAGCCUACUGGCACAGUAGCCAUGGGCGGCAUGGUCAUACCUCAGUUCGAGCACUACCAACCACCACCUAAACGCAUGCGCAAUGGACGACAAGGCCAGAUGGCUAGUGUCCCAUCACCACACCAUCAUGUCAUUCCAUGAACGUGCUUAGUGGUCUCUUCACUAUGUUGAUAAAUUUUCACGAAAUUUUUGCCUUUGUUUUCUCUUUCGGCAAAUCGCCUAAAUUCGAUCCCCGUCUCCCUCAAUUAUACCCAGCAAACCGCCUGCACGGCCUGCACUCCCCCCCUCCCCCAAAACUGAUACCCUGCCAUCAAAAACUCACUAGCCUUAAUAGAUAAUACUGCCGAUUUUAUUGUAAUUUUCAUUUUAUUUAUACCAA